AUGGCUUGGGAAGACCUGGGAAUUGUUGCACGGGGACUUCUCACCUUGUGGCAUCGAUACCGAGCCCCCAUCUUUCUACUCGCAGCUGUGAUCUUUACUGUCGUGUGGCUAGCUCCAAGAAAUUCUCAACCCAAUACUCCAGAACCUGAUUCACUUCCUGCCUCUCUAAAUAAGAAUCAGAAUCAAAACGCAAAAUCCGAGCUGGAGUCAUUCUCCAGCAAUGACCAAGCGGCAGGCGAUUUACCCAAGCGCCAUCGUUCAAGGUCCUCCUCCGUUGAUAACAGACCUAAACAAGUUACGCAACCUGCUAAUGGGCCUAAGAGGGUACGCGGCAUCAAACCGGAGAAGAAUGGCGCCAAACACCAGAUCGGCGGCGGAGGAUUACCCCGGGGCAUUGUCAUCCAACCUCUUGUAUUUUACGCCUCGUUGACCGGUGCUACUGAAACAUAUGCCAAAUCAUUCUGUGAUAGACUACAGAAAGCAUCUCACCCAUUACUAGAGAAUAAUGGUAAAACAAACAUCCUACCUCCAGAGUUACAUGAUCUAUCGUAUAUCGAGCUUGACGACUAUUUCAUCACCGCGCCGAAACCGCCCGAGUCAGCUCCGAAUACCAGGUUCCUUUACUGCAUUUUGAUCCCGACAUACAAUAUCGAUACGAUGAUUAAUACCUUUUUGGGUCAUUUAGAUGAUACGCACAAUGAUUUCCGCAUCGAUACGUCUGCCCUGUCUGGGUUGGUCGGGUAUUCCGUUUUCGGCUUUGGCGAUCGGGAGGGCUGGCCGACGGAGGAGGAAGGGUUCUGUUCACAGGCGAAAGCAGUAGAUCGAUGGAUGGCCAAGUUGACUGGGAAAAAGAGAACAUAUCCAUUAGGAAUGGUGGAUGUGAAAGGAGACAAUAUCCAAAAAGUCCUGAAUGAAUGGUGUGAUGGAUUGACCGAUGUUAUGUUCGACGUAAUGACGUCCGGAGGACUGGGCGAGGGUGUUCGUGGAAGCGGUGAUCCCGUGGAAAGUGACGAGGAAGAUAUAGAUGACGAUGGCGAAGACAUCAACGAGAAUGGUGAGAACCGUCGGAAUAAGGGCAAGAAUGAACAGAUUAUGGACCUUGAAGACAUUAACUUCGGCGGUUCCAACAGCAGGAACGCAUUUGCUAAUGCUCAACCAUUGCCUGUCGAUUUCACAACACAGUCCCGCGCUCAAGCUUCCAAACCUGCCUCUCAGCUAGAAAUGGUGCCUACCUCAUCACCUACCUACGCCGCUCUGACCAAGCAAGGAUACACAAUAGUUGGAUCGCAUUCGGCAACAAAUGUGUAUUCUGUUGGCGCCACGGAACAAACCCCGUUGGAACUACCUGGCGCUGGAAAGUGGAUCCUCCUGAUCUCAUUUUUGAUGGAGUUAAGGCUGAACACUAUAAGAAAAUUAAAAUGCUUCGUGGUGUGCCUGGUGUUUCGGGCUGAACGCUUUGCUGAAGCCAUGAGUAUUCGACAUUGUGCGUUGAGCUUGGUCGGGGAACCGAUAUUUUAUCCCCACAUCAACAAGUUCCUGUCUCUCCUUCACAAUGACCGUAUUUCUAGCUUCCUGGUCUGCAAUGCACAGCAUCCGGAUGAACUUGCGGCGCUUCAUCGCGUUACGCAACUGUAUGUCUCCAUUGACGCGAGCAACCGCGAUAGCCUACGGAAAAUUGACCGCCCCCUUCAUCGUGACUUCUGGGAACGAUUCCAACGCUGCCUUGACAUAUUACGAGAAAAGAGAUACCUCCAGCGGACUGUCUACAGGCUUACACUUGUCAAGGGUUUCAAUGUGGAUGAGGAAGCUGCUGGUUAUGCUGAUCUUGUGGAAAAAGGUCUUCCCUGCUUUGUGGAGGUGAAGGGAGUAACCUUUUGCGGCACAAGCACUAGUGCUAGUGCUGGGCUAACCAUGCAAAACGUUCCGUUCUACGAGGAAGUUGUAACUUUUGUCGUUGCAUUAAACGCUGAGCUAACCCGGCGCGGCCUCGGGUACGGCAUUGCAGCCGAGCAUAAGCACAGCUGCUGUGCACUGCUUGCGUCCAACAGAUUCUACGUCAACGACAGGUGGCAUACGAGAAUUGACUACGACAAGUUCUUCACUCUCCUGGAAAAGGAAAAGAACGAGGGCAUACCAUUCCGGCCUGAAGACUAUAUGAGGGAAACUGAAGAAUGGGCGUUGUGGGGAAAUGGAGGGUUUGAUCCGAAGGAUACACGUGUGCACACUCGGGGAAGAAAUAAGGCAAAGCUAAAUGCAGCUCUGAAGGAAGCCCAGGACGCUAGCGUUUCUGCUGAGGGCUGA